AUGGAAGCUGCCUUCUUACUGGGGAUCACAUGCUUCUGGUCCCCUUUGAUCGCCAUGGUCUUGGACUUCAACACCAUCAGGGGCUCAGCCGAAAUAACCACAUCCCAAAAGAAUGCUCAGUGCUUGACAGACAAGGACUGCCGUGCUGGGAAGUUCUGCCACAAGCCCUGGGAGGAGCUGCCCUACUGUUCUCCUUGCCAUGGACCGCGGCGGAGAUGCCAACGUAAUGCUAUGUGCUGCCCAGGGACACUCUGCAUAAACGAUGUAUGCAGCCAGACUGAAAAGGUGACACAGGUUGAUGAAAAGAAGAAUACUGAACAGGCUGGCUCAGGUUCCAAAGGCAUACCCCACCGUCCUGUUCAAGAGCGCAACAUCCAGAAGAAAGGAAAUACCAAAGCUUCAAUUGAUGCAGCUCAAGAAGGAGAAAGCUGCCUCCGCACAUCUGAUUGUGAUCCAGGGCUCUGCUGCGCUCGUCAUUACUGGACUAAAAUCUGCAAGCCCGUUCUGACAGAAGGGCAGGCAUGCUCCAGGCGAGGACAGAAAGAGGGAGCUCACGGACCAGAAAUUUUCCAGCGCUGCGACUGCGGACCAGGCUUAUCAUGCCAACCAUCUCUCAGUAGGACAUCACAAAGUUCACGCUUGAGAGUGUGUGUGAGAAACUGA